CGUGAAUACUUCGUGUUCCGGCCCGGCACCAUCGAGCAGGCGGUGAGCGAGAUCCGCGUGGUGGUGACGCCCACGGAGGACGGGGAGGUGCAGAGCGUCUGGCUGCUGACAGAGAUUGACCACUGGAACAACGAGAAGGAGCGUCUUGUUCUGAUCACAGAUUGGUCCCUCCUGAUCUGCAAAUACAACUUCAUCAGCCUGCAGUGCCAGCAUGUGACCAGGAUUUCCCUCAGUGCAGUUGAUACCAUCUCUGUAGGAGAGUUUCAGUUCCCACCUAAGUCUCUGAACAGGCGCGAGGGCUCUGGGAUCCGAAUCCAGUGGGACAAGCAGAGCAGGGCCUCCUUCCUCAACAGGUGGAACCCCUGGUCCUCCAACAUCCCCUACGUCACCUUCACCCAGCACCCCAUGGCAGAUGCUGAUGAGAAGAUUGCCUCCCUCUGCCUGCUGGAGAACUUUAAAACCCAGCUAAUUCAAGCUGUGAAGAAGGCCCACAAGGAGUGUCCCCUGCCGGGAAGGGCGGGUGGUGUUCUGGUGCUGGAGCGGCCCCUGCUGAUCGAGACCUACCUGGGACUCAUGUCCUUCAUCAACAACGAGGCCAAGCUCGGCUACUCCAUGACCAGAGGCAAAAUUGGAUUUUAA